CAGGACAGCGAAGCGAAGGUAAAGUUUGUGCUGAACACUUUUACAGUAAUCCGUCCUACCACGUAUAUUCUCUUGCAGUGUGAGCUCACCAUUGUAUAACUGCAGAAAGUCUCAGACAUUCCGUAGAAGUGUGGAAUUCACAAAGACAAUCCUUCUGCGAAGCACCUUAACACAGCUUUUUCCCUAGAUCUGUAUCCUGAGCCAACUUGUCAGCUAAAUAUGAGUGACAAAGAUGGGAAUGCUGACAGCUUGUUUCUGAAGGAGGAUUUGGACAAAAGUUUAAGCCCUGAGGGUCGAGUGCACAACUGGCAGCAUGGUAUGAGGAAGAGAGCCUCGCGUGCUGGGAAGCACAUCCGUGAGAUGACCUUGGGCAGCUUCCGUGGCUUUUUGUGCCGUAAUGCAUUUGUAAUAUUGACCAUUGCGGCUGUAAUCUUGGGUAUUGUGCUGGCCUUUGCACUGCGACCCUAUAAAAUGACCUAUCGUCAGAUUAAGUACUUUUCUUUUCCGGGCGAGCUACUCAUGAGGAUGCUGCAGAUGUUGGUUUUGCCUCUGAUAGUGUCCAGUUUGGUGACGGGUAUGGCAGCAUUGGACAGCAAAGCGUCAGGCAAAAUGGGCUUACGAGCUGUUGUAUACUAUACCGUGACCACAUUUAUAGCGGUCUUCAUCGGCAUUGUCAUGGUGAUCAUCAUCCACCCGGGUAAAGGUACCAAAGAGAACAUGGCUGCUGGGGGAAAAAUAGAGCGAGUUCAAGCAACUGAUGCUAUACUAGACUUAAUAAGGAACAUGUUCCCCCCAAACUUAGUGGAAGCCUGCUUCAAACAGUAUAAAACUCAGUAUAGCACAAGGAUCAUCAAAGUGCCUGUCCUUCCUUAUAACAACACAGGAUUCCAAUCCCACAACUCUACAGAAGCAGAAGAGGAGAUUGGGAGCGCAGUUAAUGUUAGUGAUAUUGUGGAGAAUGUGACCCGAGCAAUGGGCAAACUGCAGGAAAUGAUGGACAUGGAGGAAGUGGUACCUGUCCCAGGCUCGGCGAAUGGUGUGAAUGCUUUGGGCCUUGUGGUCUUCUCCAUGUGCUUUGGUCUGGUGAUUGGAAAAAUGAAGGAACAGGGCAGGGCACUCAGGGAGUUUUUUGACUGCCUCAAUGAAGCCAUCAUGAGACUUGUGGCCAUUAUUAUAUGGUACGCCCCUAUUGGAAUUCUGUUCCUGAUAUCUGGGAAGAUUUUGGAAAUGGAUGAUCUGAUGGUGAUGGGGGGUCAACUGGGCAUGUACACAAUUACGGUCAUCAUAGGACUUCUCAUACAUGCUCUGAUAGUCCUUCCAUUAUUGUUUUUCAUCGUUACCCGCAGAAACCCAUGGCCAUUCAUUGGAGGACUCCUUCAAGCCCUUAUCACAGCCCUGGGAACAUCAUCAAGCUCUGCUACCCUCCCCAUUACGUUUAAGUGUUUGGAAGAGAACAAUGGUGUGGACAAGCGCAUCACUAGAUUUGUGCUUCCUGUGGGAGCAACCAUUAAUAUGGAUGGAACAGCGCUCUAUGAGGCACUGGCUGCCAUUUUUAUCGCGCAAGUGAACAACUAUGAGCUGAACUUUGGACAGAUUAUCACGAUCAGUAUUACAGCAACAGCUGCCAGUAUUGGCGCGGCUGGAAUUCCUCAGGCUGGCCUCGUGACCAUGGUUAUAGUCCUGACAUCCGUGGGACUCCCCACAGAGGAUAUAACACUUAUAAUUGCGGUUGAUUGGUUCUUGGACCGUCUCAGAACAACCACCAAUGUCCUCGGAGACUCCUUAGGAGCUGGCAUUGUUGAACAUCUAUCCAGGCAUGAACUUCAGAAAAAAGAUGCUGAAAUGGGGAACUCUGUUCUUGAAGAGAGUGAGAAGCCCUACCAACUAAUCUACCCCGAGAAUGACGUACAGAAACACCCCAGUAGUGAAACAUCAAUGUAAGCCAUAGACAUUCUCAACAGAACCUCAUACAAUCUGUGACAUUCACCCAUAGAGAAACCCCUAAUCAUUCUACUAGUGAUCUGAAUCCAACUGUGUGAAAACCUUGAUUAUACUGGCAUUUAUAGAAGAAACAUCUUAACUUGAUAAGAACAUUCCACGUACACCACAACUAAGCGAGACUUACAAAUGGACAGUGGUCAAUUUAUGGGAGGUAAGAUGUAUUUCUCCCCAAAAGGAGACACCUCAGUGGUAUCCUUUUCAUCUUCAUUGAUCACUCUGUCCUCUCUAGCACUAAAGGUGUUGGGUUAAAGUUUUUAAUAGAAUACUUAUAUUGUUUAAGAUAUGUCUGAAUAUAUAGUCAUAGGCACUUCCAGGAAUUACAUUUAAAAUGUGAUAUCUUUAUUUUAUUUAUAUUUGUACGUGCAAUGGAAUCUUAAUUUAAGUCCAUCCCAGUUUUGCAUGGAUUGUAAUUGUGUAUUAUUUUAAUAUAUAUUUUUAAAUAAUUGUAUCUGAACAUUGUAUUUAGAACUUGUCUGAAAAAAAAGAAUGCUUGUGAAUUUAAUUUAGAUAGUGUGGAAAUUAGUAGUGUUUUGAGAGGUCAGGUAAUAUGGAGAAGUAAGUUAAGUUUGAUGACCCAUUACUCGUCACGUCACUGUAUGACAAUGUCCGCUAUAACUUGCUGUUCUGGUCAUAUUCUGAAUCGUGCAAGAAGGAAAUCAAAUUUACAAUGCUGCCGACUGGUCACAUUGGUGCCGACUGGCCUAUUGGUGCAAAACCAAUUAGCUAGGGGUGGUAGGUUGAUGGAUGCUGACUUACAA